UUGUUUAGCAGAUUCAAAUGACGACUAACUAACUAACAAACAUUUUACUAUACAUUGAGUAUAGUUAUUUAGUUAUUUAGGGGAACUCACUCAAGCUAGCAAUAUAUUUAAUUCAAAUUAGCACCUCAUUUACGAUCUGUAGUAAGCCAUAAAAUACAAUAGAUGUAAUACUGGGUAAGCUACUAGCAAUGUAAAAUGAUUGUAAUAACAAAGUUAUAUGGGUCAUUUUUCAUUUAUAGGUGUCACUUGGAAAGUAGCUAUGUCAUGCUAACUAGCUAAUAUUUUCACAUAUUUUUUGUAUUGCUUGGAUAAAAACAAAGAGCUGCUUUUGGAACACCAAAAACAACCAGUUUCAAAUGACUAAUAACAAAUAUAACUAACAAACAAAUGAUUAUGUAUUACUAUACAUUGAGUAAAUGUAGCAUCAGACUUUAUUUAGGGGAACUCACAAGUUAGCAGAAUAAUUCAUUUGAAUUACCAUUUCAUUUCGAACCUGUAGUAAGCCAUAUAAUAUGACAGAUGCAAUACUAGUGAGGUAUUAAAUUAUCCUGGGCCUGUUUAAACUACUAGCAAUGUAAAAUGAUUGUAAUAACGUUUUUUUAGAUCAUUUUUCAUGUAAAGGUGUCACUUGGAAAGUGGCUGUGUCAUACUAGCUAGCUAGCUAGCUAAUAUUUUCAUAUUUUUUGCUUGGAUAAAACCAAAGAGCUUCUUUUGGAACCCCCAAAACAACCAAAAUCUGCUGUUUGUAGCAAAUUGAUUAACUUUAAUCAUCUAAAAAUCAUAUUUUUUUACUGUCUGUGAUUGUUAUUGGCGGCAGGAUUCUAAUUUAUUAGUAUUCCGUUGUUGUGAUGUCAUGAUUCCAGAACGGACAGCAUUCUUAACCUUGUUGCAUCCUCACAUCUGUGAGCUCACUUUUGCAAAUACCUUCGAUAUCACAGCCAGAUAGAGAGGAGCUUUCCAAAUAUUACCAAACCAGUUAGUUAUUUAGAAAACCAUCAAGACCUGCAAAUAUGUUUUCUUGGCUUCGCAGACGCCUGAAAAAAAACUGUCAAGAUGAUGUGGAAGUUGGAGACAAGCCAUGCUCAAGCCCACAAAAGAGUGUCAUUAUUGAAAUGGAGCCAAAACAACAAACUGUGGUUCACGACACUACAGCCACACCUCCAAAGGAAAAAACCAAGAAGUCCUGGUGGCGUAGGUUGUUCCGUCUUGAGAAGAAAAACAAGCAGCAAACUCCAGCGGAAGAUGUGAAAGAUGACACACAGACUCCAUUUACAGACCUGCCAUCAUCCACAACAGAAAACACCAGUAUUAACCCCAGCGAGGAGUAUCAGGUUGAAGAUGGUGUCCAAGAGGUUUCAUCCAUCCCCGACACUCCAGUGUCAGCUGCCACUGAGGAUGAGCACGUCUCAGAAGACACAGAGUUGCUGUCUUCUUCACCGGAAGGUAAGUAUAGCUGGUUUUCUUUUCUCAACAGUUUUAACAUCACUGAGGAUUCUGAGGAAGAAGAUGGUGUCCAGGAGGCUUCAACCACCCCUGAAGACGAGGAAGUUACUCGUGUCAACACCACCAGUGAGCCUGAAAAUGUUGAACCCGUCCAAAAGGCUUUAUCCACCCCUGACACUCUAGUCGCAGCUGCAACCGAGGAUGAGGACGUCACAGAAGACGCAGAGUUGCUGUCUUCUUCACCGGAAGGUAAGUAUAGCUGGUUUUCUUUUCUAAACAGCUUCAACAUCACCGAGGAGCCUGAGGAAGAAGAUGGUGUCCAAGAGGUUUCAUCCACCCCUGACACUCUGGUCUCAGCUGCCACUGAGGAUGAGGACGUCUCAGAAGACACUGAGUUGCUGUCUUCUGCACCAGAAGACAAUGUCAACACCAUCAAUGAGUCUGAGGAGGAAUCUGGUGUCCACAAGGCUUCAUCCGCCCCUGAAAUUCCAGUCCGAGCUGCAACUGAGAGUAAUGAUGAAGAAAUUACUUGUGUCAACAUCACCAUCGAGCCUGUAGAUUGUGAACUUGUCCAGGAGGCUUCAUCCACCCCUGACACUCCGGUUUCAGCUGCAACUGAGGAUGAGGACGUGUCAGAAGACACAGAGUUGCUCUCUUCUGCUCCAGAAGAGAAGUAUAUAUUGUUUUCUUUUACCAACAGUGUCAACACCACCCAAGAGUCUCAGGAUGAAGAUGGUGUCCAGGAAGCUUCACCAACCCCUGACACUCCGGUUUCAGUGGUCAUUGAAACUGGAAAGAAGAAGGAAAAGGUGCCCCGUUGGCUUUGCUGGCUGUUGCCUUGCUGCAGGCAAUCUCCACCUGAGGAACCAGAGAUUGACUCACAUGGCACUGAAGCCCACCCAUCUGACAUUGGCGACAACCCUCGCAGUAAAACAGCCACCCCAGCAGGGCAAGGUGGGAGACAACAUGCCGAAACCAUCAACAGCGAUAUAUGGAGAAGAGUGUUCCGUCGGCAAAAGAACCUGUCAGAUCACAUUUCCAGAGAGCAACUGGUCUGCCUUGGGUUCCCCAACCUGGCGCAGACGUGCUACAUGAACUCCACUCUGCAAGGCCUCCUGACGCUGAGACAUUUCGUUCAGGACAUAAAGAAGCAGCAGAAGGUUUGGAUAUCUCAUCCCCGAUCCAAGCUCAUCAGAGGCUUUGUGGAUCUGGGACGCAGCCACUUAAACAGCAACAAGAAAAGUGUCCUGGCUGCCUUUAAAGACACUGUUGCUGAGUUUAAUUCAGAGUUUAAGGACCAUCAUCAGAAGGACGCCCAUGAGUUCCUCAGCUCUUUGCUGAAUCAGAUGAAGUCUCUGACCUUUGACCUGCAGGCAUCAGCAAACAGCAUGGGCUUCAACUACACCUGCCCUGUUGAUGCUAACAUCUCUUUCCAGAUGCUGAACAUCAGGACCUGCAAAGGAUGCGGUAUACAAUCCAUGAGGGAAGAAGAUUACAUCAACCUGUCCCUGGACCUGGUGCAUGGGGGAUCAGUAAACCAGUGUCUACAGGAGUACUUUAAAGUAAGCAAGACACACAGACUUUAUAUUGUUUUUUAG